GACACGUGGCAUUAAUCCAUCAACCUCAUCUUUCUGUCUCUAUCUUUACCAAAGAUGCCCCUCAAACCCUCUCAAAGAUUCCUUUGUUCACUCACCAAAAUCCUCUCUCUCUCUCUCUCUCUCUCUCCUCUCUCUACUGCGUUUGGAUGAUGAGGAUGAGCAGAGCAUCGAAGUUUUAGAAAGAUGGCUUCUUUCUCUCUCCACUCUCAUCCUCUCCCUUCGUCCAAAACCCUAAUUCCCUGCACCUCCUCUUAUGGCAGCCCUAGACGCCUCUCCCUGUCCAAAUUCACCUCCCCACGUCCCCAACUUUCCUGUUCUGCUUCCAAGGAGGGUUCCUCCGGAGAUAACAUCCCCAGCACUUUUUGUAUCAUAGAAGGGCCAGAGACGGUACAGGACUUUGUUCAGAUGCAGCUGCAGGAAAUUCAGGACAACAUCAGGAGCAGGCGCAACAAGAUUUUCCUUCUCAUGGAAGAGCUAAGGAGAUUGCGGGUGCAGCACCGCAUAAAGAUGGCGAAAGAUAUCGAUGAGGCUUGCGAGGAAGAGUCAAAUGAGAUGCCGGACAUUCCAUCAACUAUCCCUUUUCUCAAUCAUGUGACACCAAAGACAUUGAAGCAGCUCUACCUCACAAGUUUAUCAAUGAUAUCUACUGUAAUUGUAUUUGGGGGCCUUAUUGCACCCACGUUGGAACUAAAAUUAGGUAUAGGAGGUACCUCAUAUGAAGACUUCAUUCGCAGCAUGCAUUUGCCUUUGCAAUUAAGUCAGGUUGAUCCCAUUGUGGCAUCUUUCUCGGGUGGGGCAGUGGGUGUUAUUUCAGCACUGAUGUUGAUUGAAGCUAACAAUGUUGAGCAACAAGAGAAGAAAAGGUGCAAAUACUGCCAUGGAACUGGGUACUUGGCCUGUGCUAGAUGUUCAGCAAGUGGUGUGUGCUUGAACAUCAAUCCUAUAUCAGAAUCUAGUGCAUCGGACCGCCCUUUGCGAGUUCCCACAACUGAGAGGUGUCAAAAUUGCUCUGGUGCUGGAAAGGUCAUGUGCCCAACAUGCCUCUGCACUGGGAUGAUGAUGGCAAGCGAGCACGACCCACGGAUAGAUCCAUUUGACUAAAGCAAACCACACAAAUAACUUUACCAGUGUUAUCUUCUUGUCGAUGUAGCUUGGGAAUAAUUUUCCCAUUUCCUGGACUUCUCCUCCACUGUCCAAAGACACAGAAAGUAUAUAAAGUAACAAUUGUGUAAAAAUAAAAUAAGGCAAUGGAAUGUUGUCACAAUUUCCCUUGAUAUUGGCAUUGUUGUCUUAAUUACAGAGUACCUCAUGUAAGCUAGGAACACCAAUUUAAGUUUACAUUGUAAGUUUUCUGUUUGAUGAGAUGUAGGGAUUGGGUACUUGGUUGAGCAGAAUGCCAAUUUAGAUGGAAAGUUUACUUUUUGUUUA